CAGCGAGCGCGGUGUGUGUAGUCAGUAUCUCGUGGACCGAGAUCGCGUCUUAGCCUUGGUCUUUUCCAGUUUUUACAAUUCUUCUCUUUCGUUUUUUUCUUCUUUCCUUCCUUUCUUUCACGCCAACGUGAAUUCCGAGGGAAUAGCGGCGAGUGUUCAUGAAUGGAUCGAUGGGAGCGUAGCUCGCGAGUGUGUCGCGUGUGAAUACAGCAUUUUGUGCACGUUUUUUAAAGUUUCUUCGUUCGAGGGAAGAGAAAAAAAACUUUCGGCAAGAAAGUUUGUUCUUCGGCAACGGAAGAGGCGACGCUGAGUUUCGUCGAUAAUAGGGACUUUCGUUCCUUUUUUUUUCCUUUUCUUUUCUUUUCUUUUCUUUCUUCUCCCCCCUCCUUUUACUCCUCCUCCCUGCACUCCGUUUUUAUCGUUCGACGAGGAGAGAGCACUCGGAUUUAUUUUAUGCCGACGCUUUGAAACUUCGUUUCAAGGAAGAAGGAGAGAGUUUACCGUAUAAUUCUCUGGGCAUGGAGCAGUUCGAACAACUGCUAACGUGCGCGAUAUGCCUGGACCGGUACAGGAACCCCAAGUUGUUGCCGUGUCAGCACAGCUUCUGCAUGGAACCGUGUAUGGAUGGCCUCGUUGACUACGUGCGUCGACAGGUGAAAUGCCCGGAAUGCCGUGCGGAGCACCGUAUACCCUACCAGGGUGUUCAAGCGUUCCCGACCAACGUUACCCUGCAACGAUUCCUGGAGCUGCACAUCGAGAUCACAGGAGAGUUGCCGGACCCGACCAGUGGCCAAACCAUGGAACGUUGCGGCGUUUGUUCCGAGAAAAGCUACUGCAGCCUCUGCGUCCACUGCGAGAAAAAAUGUUGCCCCGAGUGCAAGGACGCUCACAUGGACAUCCUGAGGCGUGAAAUAACGCGCAUCAAUUCCCAGAUUCGCAGGGGGCUGCACAGGUUGCAAGACGCGCUCACCCUGGUAGAGAAAAACACAUUGGGUCUACAAACAAACUGCGCCUCGGUCACGGAAGAGGUGGACGAGAUUUAUCGGAGGCUGAGUAAGGCUUUGAAAGACCGUACGGAACAUCUGCGUAACGAGGUCGAUCGAUACCUGAGCACCGAGCUCAGAGGCUUGAUUCAACUCAAAGAGAAUCUCGAAUUGGAAAUCGCGAAUAUUCAAAGCAACUGCGAUUUGGCGGAGGCUCACAUCAACGAGAACGUGCCCUGGGACGACUCGGAACUCCUCGAUACAAAAGAACUCUUCCUGCGUACGGUGGAAUUCAUCAGGAACUUCGAGUACGAAGCCGGGGAUUACAGUCGACGGGUGCGUUUCGUGAUGGCACACGAUCCGAAUCAGCUGGUCCUACACGUAGCCGGUUACGGUGAAUUGAAUAUCAAGCCGGAGGCCGGAAGUGGAGGAUUGCUGGGUAGUUCGAGCAGUCUGGCACCUCCGGGGGGAUCACCGGGUCUGAUGAGAAGCAAGAGCGACCAUCGUUUGGCCUCGCAAUACAGGCAGCAAGAGGAGGAGCGGCUGGCGAGAAAUCGAUACGUCCCCGAAUACGAGUACGACGCGCCGGAAUACGAGGUGCCGAGGAACAAAUCGAGGUACAGAAGUCGAUUCAUGCGGCAUCGGGAUGGCGACGACUCCGAUGGCGACUCGAGAUCUACCGUGCGAUUCACAUCUACCCCCCAGGAAUCGUCGGGACUUCGCGAACGCGUUCUGGACACAGAGGACGCGGCACGUGGCCCACUUUCAGGCAUUUUUCGACUCACCGACUCCCCACGUGUGAUGAGAAAGCUUCAGGAAUACGAGAGGGCCGGGAAAAGGAAGAAGGAGGAGCCACCGCCGCAUCCCGUUCAACAACCUCAACCACCUAAGCCUCAGGUACAAGUGAGAAAAAUGCCGACAGCAAUGGCGAGGCAAACCAGCGAGGACGACGAGAUUUCUAGAAUUAAAAAGCAGAAUAAAACGGCGGCCGCGACCGAAACAGUGGAAGAACGACAACCGGUACCGACGUCCACGCCCGCGCACCCACCCCCGAGGGAAGCACCCCCCGAACGAGAGCCCGAGGAGCCUGCACGAAGACCGAUGCCUGCCAGGAGAACAUCGACGGAUACCCACGCCCCCGCAACGAGAAGCGCUUCGUCAGACUCGAGCACGGGGUCGGAGAGCUCGGCUGGGUCCGGAAUCCGCAGCACGGGCGCACCAUUCACCGCCGAGGAAAUGAAGCAGAAAUACUUGUCGAGGGCACCGGCGUCGAGCGCAACCUCCACCGUCUCGUCGCCGCACAGCGGCACACCCCCGACUCCCAAAGACACCGCCAGCCCCACCUCGCGCUCCUUUCAGAGUCGUUUUUUAGCUACAGGUAAUCGUGCAGCGCCCCCGCCACCUGCCCAACCCCCGGCGGUGCGAGAGGAGAGCGGCAUGAAAACGAAGAAGGAAGAAGAGGAGGACGAGGACGAGGAAACCAGCAGCUCCUCGGAGGAGACGGAAUCCGAGACCGAGGAGGAAUCGGAAACCGACGCCCAUCCCUCGGCCACGGUUACCUCGACCACGUCCUCGAGCGCGACACAGGACCGUCAAAGGAACGAUUCCGCGAUGGCGAGGACGGACAUCGGACCCCUGCUGGCUCGAAGCGCGGAGGCAAGACGAGGCAGCAAGGAGGACUCGCCAACGACCAGGUAUUCGUCGCCGAGAGGGAGUCCCGCGCAUUCGGUGACGGGCCCGGUGACAGCGACGACGACGACGAUGACGACGGCAACGAGCGGCGCCGCGAGCUUGACCACGCCGGCCGGCUACACCAGCAGGUUCCUGAACAAGAGCAGAAGCCAGGCGGCGAUGAUGGCCAGCCGGGAGCGGGAGCGGGAGCGGGAGCGCGAAAGAGAACGAGAACGCGAACGAGAACGAGAACGCGAAAGAGAAAGGGAACGGGAGAGAGAACGGGAUCGAGACGUGGACGCGGAGGUCGAUUCGCCGCUGUCGACGAGGUCGCGGUACGCCGCGUUGAAGGAACGAAGGCAACGGCUGGCUCGGUCCAGAAGCUCGCACAAUUUCGGCGGAGAUGACCUCGACCUGGACGAGGAGCCACCCUCUCCGACCACCCAGUCGCCGAACGCUUACUUGGCAGCCAAGUACGGUGCCGGGUCCGAACUGGCCAGGAGUCGGAGCACUCACGCUUUAAAGUCGAGGGAGCCGAGCCCGGAGCGAGACAGGGUGGGCACCGAGAAGGAUGGCGCCGCGUUAAGUUCCUGGGCACGGUACUUGAAGAACAAGUACGGGAAUCGCACGACCAAAGAUAAAGAGCCUUCAUCCUCCACCUCGACGAUUCCAUCAUCGAGUGGAAGCACCUCGAGGAGAUUAUCGCUCGGAUUACCUUUGAGGCACGGUGGUCAAACGUCCUUCGAAUCUUCUGACGACGAUCAAAAAAACCCGUCAGGCUCCCCCACGUCCCCUACGGCAGCUCCCGUUAUACCCGCGGCAGCAGGUUCCUCCACUAGCAAUGGGCGGAGGAGUCACUACUUGCUGAAGCGGCGGCAGCUGUUCAAGUUCGGGAUGCGGGGGAGCGAAUCCGGAUGCUUUACUUGGCCCAGAGGCCUCGCGGUUGGCCCUGACAACUCCAUCGUAGUGGCCGACAGCUCUAACCAUCGUGUCCAAGUGUUCGACUGUAAUGGGAACUUCAUGAAGGAGUUCGGAUCGUACGGCAGCGGCGAGGGUGAAUUCGAUUGCCUCGCUGGGGUAGCGGUGAACAGGAUCGGGCAAUACAUCAUAGCGGAUCGUUACAACCACAGAAUUCAGGUUCUCGAUCCUUCCGGUCGUUUUCUGAGAGCGUUUGGCUCCCAAGGUACCGCCGACGGUCGGUUUAAUUAUCCUUGGGGAAUCACCACCGAUGCUCUUGGAUUUAUUUAUGUGUGCGAUAAAGAGAACCAUCGCGUACAGGUAUUUCAAUCAGACGGUACGUUCGUGGGCAAAUUCGGUUCCUGCGGAAGCGGACGUGGCCAAUUGGAACAUCCUCAUUACAUCGCGGUGAGCAACACGAAUCGCGUGAUCGUGAGCGACGGGAACAACCAUCGUAUCCAGAUAUUCGACGUGAACGGUCGUGUGCUGACCUCGUUCGGAUCAGAGGGCUCCGACGAAGGUCAGUUCAAGUUUCCAAGGGGUGUCGCUGUCGACGACCAGGGUUACAUCGUGGUCGCCGACUCGGGCAACAACAGAAUACAAAUAUUCAGCCCAGAGGGGGCGUUCCUCAAGUCCUUUGGCGGAUGGGGUAGCGGUGACGGUGAAUUCAAGGGUCUAGAGGGUGUUGCCGUCACAUCGACCGGUAACAUCGUCGUCUGCGAUCGCGAGAAUCAUCGCGUUCAAGUGUUCUGACUUCGUUUUUUCCUUAUCAUUCGCGUCUUCUCUGCGAUUCGCAUUGGCAUUGUCGACAAUCGAUCGACGAGGGAUCGAUUUCGUUUCGUUUCGUUUCGAAUCGAAUCCGUCUGUCUACGGUUCUCGAUCCAGGCAAGUAUUUCCACCCCGAAUCGGGUGGAAAAUCGGGUGGAAACGGAAGGACGGAAGGCGCGCUUCGACGGAUGAACGGAUGAGACGUCACGUUAACCGCUUGCUUGCGUUAGGAAUUAAUAAACGUAGCCUGUUUUUUCGCUAAGCUAAUCUUCUUACGGGGAAGCCCUUUGUUACCAUCGGCGAUCAUAAAUAACAAAUAACUUCGAUUUCUUCUCUCUCUCCCACCAGGGAACAUAUAUUUGAAUCGAUUUGGCAACAAUUCUCCGAUUUUAUUCCGAUAAUAAUUUACCUCGUUAAUAUGUCGGGGCGGAAAAUCAAUACUGGAACCGAGUGAAAAUUCUCUCAGACGUCGGCCGGUUUUUAGCUUAAAGAGAAAAAAAAACGGAAAAAGAAAAAAGAAAGAAAAAAAAAGGGAAUAUCAUUUACUUCUCUCUCGUCUUACAUCCUUCCUCUCGUUCUAUCAUCUUCCUCGUACGCACAUCAUAUCCGCGUAAUUUAAUUUAAUUUAUAUUCGAAAUGACAAUACACAUACAGUUUGUACCGUUUGUAUGCUUUAAACAAAUUGUUGCGGAAGAUAAUAAAAGAGAAAUGAAAAAAAAAAGGAAAAAAAGGAACAAAA